AUGAACAUAUCAAAUUCUGAAUGUAGUAGUGGUUGUGAAUCCGGAUGGACCGUGUAUUUUGAUCAAUUUUCCAACUGUACCGGUCGACACAACCUGGGUUUUGGCAGGCCUGUCGAUGAGUAUUAUCCAAAAGGAUCAGCUUAUGCCAAUGAGGACACAGAAGGUAAAGAUCUGUCCAUGGUGUCUGAUGCAUCAUCUGGCCCUCCGGUUUUCAAUGAAUACCACGAAUCUGCCGAUGGACGUCAAAAGAAGAGCAAGCAGAAGAAGAAAGCAAAAGCGCAACAAAAUUUUCAUCUCGAUGAUACUGCUAGUUCUCCAUUCUUUCAUUUCACCCAGGACAACGUAGGAUCUUUCAACAAUCAUACUGCAAAAGAAUAUGUCCCUUAUUUCUCACAAGAAUCUUCUGCUGCAAAUUUUGAGGGUGAAUCUACAAGGAAAAAGCAUUUAAAUUUCCUCAAAUCUUCAAUGAAAGAGAAAUCCGCAUCAGGAAAAUCCGAAGGUUUGAUAGGAAGAAAGAAGCACUAA